GGCUUAGGUGCAUCCGGUGCAGAAGGGAAGGCUUUCUCCUCUUCGGCUGAGAUGCGCAGCGCUCCGACACGGCGGAGGACGCGAAGCCGCUUGUGAAUUAUAACUGGGAAACGAAGCAACCAUGGACGACGCCCCCCCUCCUCCCACCCCACCGUGCCCCCCACCUCGUAUGAUGCAAAAGUAGCGCACGUUUAAUUAAUUGCGGCUCUCUACUUGGGGAAGGAGAUUUGGUCCCGUGGUCACGCGCAGGGAUGUUUUUUUUCGGCUUGCUUUCGCUACAGAGGACCAUGGAGACCUCCGAAGACAUCGGUCAUGCUCUCUGGUGAGGGCGUGGCCAGGAGCGAGAGUUGUAAAGUCCCCAGAACCACCUCACAUGGAGGUCAAAGGACAUCUGAUCACCUCCAUGGGCUUGGGGGCUCCUGAUGUCGGCGGCUGCCAGGACAGCAAGCUGCAGGCUGAGAGGGUUGCAGCUCUGCAGGAGAGGAAGCAGGCGCUGGAGGCUCUCCUCAACUCCAGGGUGGGAGAGCUCAAGCACGUCUGUUUGCAGGAAGCCGAGCUAACUGGGAAGUUGCCACAUGCUUUUCCCCUGGAGACGGGGGAGAAAGCCCCACCGGUGCAGCGCAGAGCUGGCCUGCCGCCCAACGCCAAGGCGGAAGAUGAGGCGGCCCAAAGAAAGCAGAUGAAGGCCAUCUUCACAGGUGCUCUGUACCGACAUUCGGAAUCUGACCGAAACAUCCCAAAUAGCAAGAGGACAGUUCACCGGGGGUGUCACACAGAGGACGCCGUCAUAUCAGAGAGUACGAGCUCCAUGUCCGAUUCAACUUCCCAUGACAACGAGUCGUCUCCCAGCGUGGCGGCCGACCAGCGCUCUCUGUCUCAGCCGCGGCUCACAGUGGGCAGCCCUGACCACAGGAUUAGCAGGAAGCUGUCACCGGUUGAGAUCUACUACGAGAUGAGGACACGCCGCAACUCUGUCACCAGCUCCGUCAGUGGCCGACAAAUGCCGAGUACAUCCACGUCCUACUGUGUUGCUCCCCACAGCCCGGCUAACUCCUUACCAAGAAGUGCAUCCAACAUUGAAGGCAGAAGUGUUCCAGCUACUCCUCUGCUGGCCCGAACUGCACCAAUCAGCGUCCACGUCAGGUCGGAAGCGUCGGGUGGCGGUGGGUUAAAGCAGUGGUCGGGCAACCUGGAUGCGCCCUAUAUGAUUCCGCUGGCCCAGGAGGGCACGUCCUCUGAGCGCCGAGGCUGCCCUUACAGCUCCCGGGCCAGGCGCAGCAACAGCUCCGAGGCCCUGCUGGAUAGAUCGAGCCUCCCCGACGACCCCGCCCCCAGAAACGGGAUGCCCCCCAGAGGAGGGCCCUACAAGAGCUCGGAGACACUGACGGAUGGCAAGCUGCGCCACAUUCACCUGGGCAGCCCCGAGAGACAUGCUGACGACUCCGUGGACCAGGCGAAGAUGCGUCUGUCCAUUGGAGACAGAGGGUCCGGUGGCGGCUACAACGAGCUGUUGAUGGACUACAUCUGGGGCAAACAGCAGAGGAUGCAAGUGCAGCGGCACCUGUACCAGUCUGCAGGCAGGGUCUGGCAGGACAUGUCCUCUCCUCGCUCCUCCACCGCGGCGGUGCCCACCCACGCCAACGGCUUCUCCCACUCCCAGGUGAACCUCCCCAGCGCCGCACCUCCUUACAGCCCCAUGGUCCUCCGAGGGUCCCAAGCGGAGCUGCGCAGGGUCAAAGUCACCCGAACCAAAUCGUGUGGACCCUUUAUUCCGCUGCAGCAACAUCCCCAGGAUGCCAUCCUGCUCUCGGCAUAUGACUCUCCCCUCCCUGCCUCUGGCACCACCACCACCUCCUCCAUCCCCAACCUGCACCCCUACCAGGCCGAGCUGUCUGGGCCCUCCUUCAGCCGCAGACCCCCUCCGUUCUCUCUUCCGACCCCAGAAGACUCGACGCGCAGCUUGCAUAAAGCCCUGGCUCUGGAGGGACUGAGGGACUGGUACCUGAGGAACGCCCUCGGCUAUCCUUCUGCUGCCCCGAAGGGCCACGAGGCGGGGAUCUCGCGCAUCUCGCACCCUCACCCGCUGGUGCACCAGGCCCAGUCAGUUCAAGGGGAACCGGCCAACCUCCAGAAGUCUCAGAUGCCCCAGUCAGCCAGCUUCCACGGUCACCCGCUGCAUGGAAGGUCGAUGGAGUUCUCUCUCUAUCAGGACACUCCUCAUCCAGAGAUGCAAGAGGUGACCCCAAAGGAACCCAGUGCAGACCCAGGCACCCUAGUUUGAAGCAGCAGACACACACACACACACACACACACACACACACACACACACACACACACACACACACACACACACACACACACACACACACUGACCUGAGCAGAACAGUGUAGCCUCACAGAGACACUUAUUCACUCAGACUCACAUAGUCACAGAGUUGAUAUAAUGACCUCAACAGCAAAGCAAAACACAGCAACCUCAGCAGAAAGAGACUUGAAAGAAGACAAACUGUAGCUGUACAGCGUGAAAAGGCCGUGGAAAGUUCUCCGUGUUCUAAAAGAUCCCACCAGUAUAUGAACUUCAAAGCCAGUAGUCUCACGUGGAGGCCCACUGGAGUGUAUUUAUCUGAUAACACUAUGGUCAUGCUGUACUCAAUAUAUCAAUAUUUCUGGUUGAAAACAAGCAGCAAAUUCCUUUCUGAAAAGUCUCCCAAGAUAUACUUUUUUACAGAAUAUAUACAACUCUAAAUUACUAUUUUGUAUCUUCUGAGAUAUAAAGAACAACUAUAUUAAAGAGGUAAUUUAUUGCUUAUUGAUCUUGUGAUACAGAAAAAUGUUACGUGAGCUCACAUCAUUUGAAAGUAUUAAAACGUGCCAGUGAAUGUGUGUUUGUAAACUAUAACAAAGUCCGUCUUCAUCUGCCGUUAAUUCCACAGCCAUAUGUAUUUUUCACGUUUGAUAAAGGAGAGGGGCCGUGGACUGUAGUGUGUGUGUGUGUAGCAGACGGGAGUGCCUACAUGUUUUAAUGUCCAAACUAAACCUUGGUUAGAAACCUUUUUAAGUGCUUUCUAAUAAUCUGAAAUACUAGCAUUAAGCCUUUGUGAGCUUAGUCUAAUCGAAAAAGUGAAAGCAGUUCACAAUGUCACGACAUGGUGGUAUUUGGCAUGAUGUCAUGUAUUGUAAUUUUUCUAGAUUCAGCGUAGUGCUGGCCAGUAAAUGUAGCUUCUUCUGUGCUGACCUUGAGAGAAGAAUUAGACCAAACCUGAGGGCUUUUGUAAAACCUACUGUGAGGCAGUAGCACAUGACUGUAUGACAAUAAGUUACUCAUAUAAAAUGUGUCUUUUCCAGCAUUUAGUUGUGGAGGAUUUGAGUGUCGUAUAGAGCACUUUAUGAACAUCUUAAGCCUUAAUUCCCUUUGAAAUUAUAACCAAGAGAGUUGACAGGCUGUAGACUGGCUUUAUCAUUUAGGGAAAGAAAUAAGGGGAGUAAGUUUUGUCUAAAUCUACUGAAGGUCCAUCCGGGAGUGAGUCUGUAUAUAAUGGGAUGUACUGAUGUUUUAUUCCUGUACUAACGAUGUAAUUUUUAAACUAACCAUGAUAAAUGCUAAGUAUUUAAUCAAAAUAAGCUCCCCCACUAUUUAAUUGGUUGCAAAGUGAGGUUUGCGUUGUGAACAGAGUAGCGCUGCUUCAGCUUUGAAUGACGGUGUGAGCAGGUCUCAUUCCAGAACAUUUGCUAAGGAGGAUACAUGCCGGCUGAUUUUUGUAUUUGUAAUGAUUUCAAGGCAUUUCACGUGCUUGGUUUGUGUAGCUCGGUGUCAUAAUGUAUCAUAAGUAAUCCGUCUUAACAGUAUUGUAAAGAUCAGAAUAAUACAUGAAAUCCUCAAGGAAGCUGACAAUAAAUGUUUUUGUGUAGACGGACAAGUUUUGUUCCGCCAUUUAUUUCACAAGAUCAUUUGAAUGUGACUCUCUUGUCAUGGAGUCGUACGUGACGUUGUUUUCUGGUUCCUCUGAUGUGUUCACAUCCCGUCAGUGUCCAGCUUCAUAGAGCUUUGUCCUGCUGGUUAAACUCUUAUAUCAAAGACCAAACUGCUGUGCACUUGGGGUCCUAAAUGUAUUUUUCAUAAAAUGUACUCUGUAAGUUGAAAAGGUAUUUGGUGUUUAGCCAAUUCAUUCAUUUUAUAUUUAUUAACAUAUAACAUUUUGUAGCUAUUUACUGUAGCUCUUUCUCAUCAGUGGGGAAUUGGUAAAGUGUGUUAAAACGACUUCAUUCAGCAGCGUGAUGUGUUAUUAUUUGAUUCUUAUUUUUUUUUCUAUUUGAAUGCAACUAUUUUCCUUUUUGCUCCUCUCUUCAUACCCAGGUCUAUGGAAUAAAACUGAAUAGGCCCUAUGCUGUAUGUAUGAGACUGUGCAUUCACUCUCAAUAAAGUGUUAUGUUGGAAUGAA